UAGCAAAGUAUUGUGUCUUGCUGAGCAUUUUACGCAAUUUAAAUUGUUUUUACUGUAUAAAUUACGUACUUUUUCGUAGCAAUGGAUCCAUUAGCUGCUCUUGAUAGUUAUUUGCGGAAAGCGGUUAAUCCUAAUAAUGACGAUCUGGAUAUUUCGGCACUUGAUCAAUUUUGUCUUACAUUGAAAAAGGAUCCAAAAUUGAUGAUCAAUGGCACUAAAUUACUGGCGGAGCGAAUCCAAUCAGGUAACACUAAGGAAGUGCUCCUUGCACUGGAGGCUCUGGAAGAAUGCAUGGAAACUUGUGGAAAAGAGUUUCAAUCGGAAAUCAAUAAGUUUCGAUUUCUAAAUGAACUGAUUAAGUUAGUGUCGAAAAAGUACAAUGGAGAUAAAACACCGAAGGAGGUCUCCGACAGGAUUCUAAAUGUUCUGCUGACAUGGACGAAUAAAUAUGAUAACUGUAUUAAAAUACAGGAAGCAUACCAUUUGCUUAAGACACAAGGAAUUGAGCAUCACCCACAGCAGAAUGUUGUUGUGAAGAGUACGCCUAAGAAUGCUUCGCGAAGUAGUUUGGAUGAAAAGGAAUUUUGGAAAUUACGAGAGCUGAUCCAAAGUUCUAAGCAAGAGGAUCGCGAUAAAGCUAAUCUGUUGAUUCAAAAUUUCUAUCGUGAUGAUGAGCGACGAACGCAGAUGAAAAAUCGAAGACUAGCUGAACUUCAGAAGGUAGAGGAAAAUACCAAACUGCUAGAUGAAAUGCUUUCCCAGUACCGUCCGGGAGAAAGUUCCGAGGAAGAGUUAGCAAUUAUUAGGGAAAUUUUUGAAGCAUGCGAAGGAAUGCAUCCAACGAUUAUUCGUCUAGCAGAGGAAACGCAGCAGAGUGAGGGCAUGUUGGAAAAAAUCUUCGAAGUCAAUGAUGCUUUGACCCUAGUGCUGGAUAAAUAUCGGCAGUUUCAAUUGGAUUCAAAUCAGCAUCGGUGCAAAAAUUUUGUACCAAAUUCCACAACAGCUCCAUCAACAUCGCCGUCUGGUACAUCAUAUACACCAAAUAUUGUUGGAUCGGACCCCUUAGACACAUUCUUUGACAUUUCUACGAUUCCAUCAAAUAGUGAUCCAGCGCGAAGCACGUUUGACGAUCUGAGCGAAAUUUUCUCAUCAACCAUCAGUACUGACGACCCAGCAAAACAAUGCGCAGCUUCAGCGAGCUCUUCAGUUUCUGUUGUUAAUACUGACACUAUAUUGACUCCGUUGGUGGUCAGCAACGGUACAACAUUAGGCGCAAGAGGGCGCAUUGGUAUGAACCCAAACAACGUCGACAGAUAUAGAAAUAUACAGAAUUUCAUCAACACGAAUACUAAUGUUAAUAAUGCCAAUCCUUCAAGAAUUCUUCCAAGCGCUGAUACGGAUGCCAUGAACAGGCUCAGAAACGCUGAUACUCAGUCUACAAAAUUGGAUACAACUCCAAGCACUGGAAAGGCCUUAUCGGAAUUAGAUUCCUUAGUAAAUGGAAUUAAGUCAACACUUUUGACGCAAAGCGGUUCAGCUGCAGAAUCUGAGGAUACACCUCCAUUGGAUCAAGAUCAUUCGAGCGAAGAGGAUGACAUUUUACUUAAUCCCGUCGCUCCUCCGCCAGUAGAUAGUAGGCCUAAAACUAAAGUUGAAGAUCCUGUAUCAGAAAAGCCACAGUUUAAAUCGCUAGCAGAAAUCGUAAUUGAUCUGGACAAUAUUCAACCAAGCCGGGAACCGUCGCGUACCGUUUGGGAUGACAAGGAAGGCCUUCAAAUUAUACUAAAUUUUACUAAAGACCGUCCACGAGAGGAUGUGUCUGUGAUAGUUAUAUCUACUAUUAAUCAGGGCCGAGAAAUCAUUCCAAGUUUCCACUUCGAUGCUAGCGUUCGGAAGCCCUGUAAACUGCGUCUAUUGCCAGCCUCCGGUAACAGUCUUCCCGGUACUAAACCAUUCCGACCUCCGGCGGACGGAAUUACCCAAGUAUUGCUGCUAGCGAAUCCUCUGGAAGAACCGGUAGACCUAACAUGCAUUCUAACAUACUGCGUGGGUGAUGAUCCAGACCCGAUUAAAGAAUCUAUCGUAAUGAAAGCAGUUCCGGUAAUAAAAGAAUAAUCCUUAAUAUAAUUUCGCUCUCACCGAUACGGAGAAGAGACAGCUUUUGACGCUUUUGCAUAAAUCCACGAGAAUAGUUCAAAUCAUCCAAUGAUUUAACUGACCAGUACUAGAAAGACACACCAGUGAAGAAACACGACAGCCGAUACUAGCAAUUAACUUUGGUUAUUAUUUGAUUGGACUGUUGUACUCUAAUAGUUUUAUGUUACAAUGACGCAAAGAGUAAUUAUUCAUGUAUAAA